CUCGGGGCCAGUGUUGGGGCGAGUGGAGCAGCGGCUCCGGCUGCGGGGAGAGCGGGCGCGGAGCCGGGGAUACCUGGGUCGAGAGCGGGCUGCCCUCUCCUUCCUGCCCGUCUGCCCCGAGUUGCGGCUGGUGAGUGGCGAGGGCUGCGUCCCGCCGGGUGGUUUCGGAGCUGGCGGUGCCUUCGGGAAGCGUGAGGAUGGAGGUUUAACUCAGAACAUCACGUGUCCACUGAGAACUUGGAGCAUGGCUAUGAGCAACGCCAGUGACUCUGUGGUCCUGAGCAAUGGCAGCAUCUUGUCAAAUGCUGCUGGCCCAGGGGUUGUUGCAGCGAAUGACGGAGACAUCACGGUCCAGCAGCUCCCAUCCAAGGAAACACCAAGAACAAAACCAAGUCCAAAUGGCUGCCUGCAACUAAAUGGUACAAUCAAACCAUCCUUUCUGCCUUUAGACAACCAAAGAACUCAGCAGAUGUUGUCGCAAUGCUGCCACCCUUGUCCAUACCAUCAUUCUUUAAGUAGCCAUAAUAGCAAGCAAGAAUGUCAUUCAGUGGUUGGCAGCUCAGCACCAUCUCCUAUGACCUCGUGCUGCAUGCAGCCACACACUGAGUACUCAGCCUCUAUUUGCCAAAAACACACCCCUGUCUAUCAGCCUGCCUGCUGUCUUCAGCCCUCCCCAUCCUUCUGCCUUCACCAUCAGUGGCCUGACCAUUUCCAGCAUCAGCCUGUGCAGCAACACAUAGCCAGGAUAAGGCCAGCCAGACCAUUCAAGUUACCAAAAAGCUACGCCGCUCUCAUCGCUGACUGGCCUGUGGUGGUCCUGGGCAUGUGCACCGUGCUCAUAGUGGUGUGUGCACUUGUGGGAAUAUUAGUUCCAGAUCUUCCAGAUUUCUCUGAUCCACUGCUGGGUUUUGAGCCCAGAGGGACUGCCAUAGGACAGAGAUUGGUCACAUGGAACAACAUGGUGAAAAACACAGGGUACAAAGCCACACUUGCAAACUAUCCUUUCAAAUAUGCAGAUGAGCAAGCUAAAAGUCAUCAAGAUGACAGAUGGUCAGAUGAUCACUAUGAAAGAGAGAAGAGGCAAGCAGACUGGAACUUCCACAAGGAUACCUUUUUCUGUGAUAUUCCAAGUGAUCGCUAUUCACGAGUGGUGUUUACAUCAACAGAAGGAGAGAAUUUAUGGAAUUUGAAUGCAAUUAAGUCAAUGUGCAAUGUAGACAACUUGAGGAUCAGAUCCCAUUCCCAGUUUGGUGAUCUCUGCCAGAGAGCCACUGCUGCUUCAUGCUGUCCCAGCUGGACACUGGGAAACUAUAUUGCUAUUCUGAACAACAGGUCGUCGUGUCAGAAAAUUGUUGAACGGGAUGUCUCUCACACCCUGAAGCUGCUUCGCACUUGUGCCAAAUACUACUACAACGGGACCCUGGGGCCGGACUGCUGGGAUAUGAAUGCCAAGAGGAAGGACCAGCUCAAGUGUACAAACGUGCCUCGCAAAUGUACCAAGUACAAUGCUGUUUACCAGAUCCUUCACUACCUAGUGGAUAAGGAUUUCCUAAGCCCAAAGACAGCUGACUAUGUCUUACCAGCUUUAAAAUACAGCAUGCUCUUCUCUCCGACUGAGAAGGGGGAAAGCAUGAUGAGUAUUUACCUAGAUAACUUUGAGAACUGGAACGCUUCUGAUGGUGUAACAACCGUCAUGGGAAUUGAGUUUGGAAUAAAACAUAGGUUGUUUCAAGAUUACUUGUUGAUGGAUACUGUGUAUCCUGCCAUAGCCAUUGUAAUUGUUCUGUUAGUUAUGUGUGUGUACACCAAGUCCAUGUUUAUCACGCUGAUGACUAUGUUUGCAAUAAUUAGUUCCUUGAUUAUUUCUUAUUUUCUCUAUCGGGUAGUAUUUAAUUUUGAGUUCUUUCCAUUCAUGAAUCUCACGGCAUUGAUUAUCCUUGUUGGGAUUGGAGCAGAUGAUGCUUUUGUUUUAUGUGAUGUUUGGAACUACACAAAGUUCGAUAAACCUCAUGCUGGAACCUCUGAGACAGUGAGCAUCACAUUGCAACAUGCUGCCCUUUCCAUGUUUGUCACGAGUUUUACAACCGCUGCUGCCUUCUAUGCUAAUUAUGUCAGCAAUAUCACAGCAAUCAGGUGUUUUGGUGUUUAUGCUGGCACUGCCAUUCUGGUGAAUUAUGUUUUGAUGGUAACAUGGCUGCCUGCCGUAGUUGUAUUACAUGAACGAUAUCUUCUCAAUAUUUUCAGUUGCUUUAAGAAACCUCAGCAGAGGGUAUACAACAACAAAAACUGCUGGACAGUGUUGUGCCAAAUGUUCCACAAGAUUAUUUUUGCAGUCUCAGAGGCAUCCAGGAUAUUUUUUGAGAAAGUUUUGCCAUGCAUUGUUAUCAAAUUUCGGUAUAUUUGGCUUUUCUGGUUCCUUGCCUUAACAAUUGGUGGAGCAUAUAUCGUGUGUGUAAAUCCAAAGAUGAAACUGCCGUCGUUGGAGCUCUCCGAGUUUCAGGUAUUUAGGUCUUCUCACCCAUUUGAACGAUACGAUGCAGAAUACAAAAAACUCUUUAUGUUUGAACGUGUCCACCACGGAGAAGAGCUCCACAUGCCGAUUACAGUAAUCUGGGGUGUCACACCUGAGGAUAAUGGUGACCCUUUAAACCCUAAAAGCAAAGGAGAGCUGCAGCUAGAUACCAGUUUUAAUAUCGCUAGCCCAGCUUCACAGGUUUGGAUUUUACGUUUCUGUCAGAAGUUAAGAAAUCAAACCUUUUUUUAUCAGACAGAAGAACAAGACUUCACAAGCUGCUUCAUUGAAACGUUUAAACAGUGGAUGGAAAAUCAAGACUGUGAUGAGCCAUCACUUUACCCCUGCUGCAGCCACUGGAGCUUCCCAUACAAGCAAGAAGUUUUUGAAUUAUGUAUCAAGAGAGCUAUAAUGGAGCUAGAAAGAAGCACAGGGUACCACUUAGAUAGCAAAACCCCAGGGCCUCGCUUUGACCUUAAUGACACCAUCAGGGCUGUGGUGUUGGAGUUCCAAAGCACCUACCUCUUCACACUGGCUUAUGAGAAAAUGCAUCAGUUCUACAAAGAGGUGGACUCAUGGAUUUCAAAUGAGCUUAGUUCUGCUCCUGAAGGUCUUAGCAGUGGUUGGUUUGUAAGUAACCUUGAAUUUUACGAUCUUCAGGACAGUCUUUCUGAUGGUACUCUGAUUGCCAUGGGCCUUUCAGUUGCCGUGGCAUUUAGCGUAAUGCUUCUUACAACUUGGAACAUAAUCAUAAGCCUUUAUGCAAUAGUUUCAAUAGCUGGAACUAUUUUUGUCACUGUAGGUUCUCUGGUUCUUCUUGGGUGGGAGCUGAAUGUGUUGGAAUCUGUCACAAUCUCAGUGGCUGUUGGCUUGUCAGUGGACUUUGCUGUUCACUAUGGAGUGGCUUAUCGCUUAGCCCCUGACCCUGACCGAGAGGGGAAAGUCAUUUUUUCUUUAAGCCGUAUGGGUUCUGCUAUUGCAAUGGCUGCCUUGACUACAUUUGUAGCUGGGGCAAUGAUGAUGCCCUCAACAGUGUUGGCAUACACUCAGCUUGGCACUUUCAUGAUGCUUAUAAUGUGCAUUAGUUGGGCUUUCGCAACAUUCUUCUUCCAGUGCAUGUGCCGAUGCCUUGGGCCCCAGGGCACUUGUGGCCAGAUCCCACUACCAAAAAAACUGCGGUGUAAUGCCUUCUCUCAGGCCUUUUCAGGAGCCCAAGGGGGCAGAAGUCAAAACAAAUCACAUCCUGUUAGCAAGUAUCAGAUGGACUCCAGGAGUCAGAAACCAGAAAUGGAGCAUGAGCACUAUGAGCUUGAACCUCUGGCAUCACAAACUGGAAUCUGUAACCCUGCAGAGAAAGUGACAUAUGAAGAAACUCAUAUCUGCUCAGAGCUCUUCAGCAGCAGGCCCCAAAACUCAUGUGUGCCUAUGCAUCCAGCCUAUAAUAGUGAAGUUAGUAAAGGCAUCAAAAAUGUUGCUAAUUCAGCUGUGCUGCAGACAUCUAUUGACCAACACACCAUAUGCCCAAUUUUCUCUCAAAACAGGCAGUGUAGCUGUCCUGAUGCAUAUAAGCAGGUGGCAGUGAAGUGGAGUCCACACUCCUGUCAGCAGUUAAGUGACACCUUCUGUUACCAAUGUUCUCCUUCCCCAGGGACCGUGCAGAUCCAAAGCUCUGUAGCUCCCAUAAAUGCUUUACAGCAAGCUGCCGAGGGUUACGUGCAUCCAGUCCAGCACGUCCUCCAUUGCAGCUGCCUUCAAGGAAGGCUCAAAAGAACGAUGACACAAAACUCUCUGCCUAAAAAUUUUUUCCUUCAGUCAGUGCAACAGUUCCAGGCACAUCAAAGAAUAAACAGAACAGAUACACAUGCUCAUCAAAACCCAGAGGAAAACGUAAGAACUGCUCCAAAGGUGAUGAGCUCCUCACAGUUCCUCUGCCGAAACGCAGCACCUCUAAUAGUGCGUUGCUCUGAAUGUGAGAACAGCAUCUCAAAUAACCAAAAGGGAUUCUGUCAGCAGAUAGACAAGUGUGAUGAAAAGGGUGGUACAGAAGCGAACGGGGUGGAAAGCAAGAAAGCCUCUCUGUCAAAGCAGAAAAAGAAAGCUGAGGGCAAGAUAGAUCAGCGUUCUUUGCAGAAUGACCGAGUUUUGAAGGCUGACCAAAAUGAUAAAAAACACCUGCUGACCAGGUCAGGGAGAGAAGCUCGCUCGGAGGGUUGCCAUGAAAGUUCACACUGUUGUGGCAAGGCAAUCGUAGUGAAGUGCAAUUCUGUUGACUGUCAAAUGCCAAACGUCGAAGCCAAUGUGCCUCCUAUGUUAAUGCGCCCAGAACUUUCCAAUGAAAGUUUGUUAAUAAAAACACUAUAAUAAACCUUUAAGUUGGCAAUCUUGCGUCUUUCUUUUAAAAGUAAGUUUAAAGCACUAGAAAGGAAAGUCCUGAAUAAAUAUGAAUUAUAAUUUGCCUUUUAGACUGAAAAAUGUAUUUUAUAGAACAAUAGCAUUUAUACAUUUCAUAAAGCCGUUACAUGUAGUAAAACCUGAUGUUGUCCCGAAUGUUUUUUUUGCUAUAACUCAUAAGGUGGAUUACACUUCAUUUAGGUUUUGUUCCAAGGCAUUAGUGUUGGAUUUCUCCUUAUAAACCAUCUCAAGAAAUAAAGCAUU